AUGGCAAAGAACAAAAAAGUUGAACAAAACAAAUUAAUAACUGUGGAAUACAAGGUUUCAAUGCAUUGUAACGCUUGCGAAAGAAACGUUGUAAAAGCCAUAUCUAAGUGUAAAGGAGUGGAAAAGUUCAUUACUGACAUGAACAAACACAUAGUGGUGGUAACGGGUCGAAUUGAUUCAAAAAAAGUAUUGAAGAAAUUAAAAAAGAAGAUAGGAAAAAAAGUGGAGAUUUUGUCCACCAAAGAUGAAGAGUCAAAUGAUGAAUCUCAUGAAGAGAGGCUUGUCAUAAUGCCACCAUUUGUGCUUGAAAAUGAUUGUUGCAUUAAAACUGAAGAUUUGAUGAUAUUUAGUGAUGAAAACCCAAAUGCAUGUGCAUUAAUGUAG